AUAUGAACCAUAUCAGAAGUGAAUCAUCACCUAUUUUCGUACACCCCGUCUCCACACCGACUAGUCAUCCCGCCGAUUUUCCUUCACUAGUUACCGGUACAUACUACAUAACCCGUCCAGCCCUCUAACUCGCUCACCGAAUCUCAAUCCCUCUAUAUUCUUCCCUCUAUUCUUCCCUCGAACCGUCGCAUAUGGAACGCUUCCCCCCAGGCCAAACCUACCACCUCACCUUCCGCUCCUCCGACGCCCCCAUCCGAUAAUACGUUUGGAAUGAAUGAGAUGCCCCUCAUUUCGAACCCCGACUCAACCGACCCUAUGGAAAAUGGAUACAAGUACAAACGAGUAACGGCCCAGCCUGAAAACCCGCUCAUCAACCUAGUCGGCGGCCAGCAGAUCGCCAUCGUCCCGUCAUUCGAGCUCGAAUGCGGCGAUGUCCUCCACAACGUACCCGUCGCAUACAAAACUUUCGGCAGCCUCUCCCCGGAGCGGGACAAUGCCAUGCUCAUCUGCCACGCACUGACCGGCAGCGCCGACGCGAGCGACUGGUGGGGCCCGCUGCUCGGCGGCCCCGGGAAGGCGUUCGACGUCUCCCGCUUCUUCGUCGUGUGCAUCAACAGCCUGGGCAGCCCGUACGGCAGCGCGAGUCCGGUCACGUGCAUGGACGGUGACCCGACCCAGCGUCACUACGGUCCAGAAUUCCCUCUCACUACCGUCCGGGACGACGUCAACAUCUUCAAGUUGAUACUUGACGAUCUAGGCGUGCGGCAGCUGGCCGCUGUGAUCGGUGGCAGCAUGGGCGGCAUGCUCGUGCUAGAGUUCGCGUACUUCGGCAAGGACUACGUGCGGACCAUCAUUCCGAUCGCCACCUCGGCGCGGUACAGCGCCUGGGGUAUCUCCUGGGGCGAAGCGCAGCGGCAGAGCAUCUACAGCGACCCGAAGUACGACGACGGCUACUACCGGUUCGAAGACCCGCCUACAACGGGCCUGGGCGCGGCGCGUAUGUCGGCGCUGCUUACCUACCGCAGUCGGAACUCCUUCGAGUCGCGCUUCGGGAGGAACACGCCGGACCCGACCAAGCGGCAGGAUAUCAAUGGCCAACCGCGCCACCCGUCGCACGAGGCGUGGGCGAUCCAUAACGAUGGUCAUAAGCACGCGCGAUCGCCUCGCUCGUCGCGACAGAAUAGCAGUGCUGCGGUUUCGCAAAUGGGCGACACCAACGGACUCGCCGUCAAGGCCGCCUCGCUAAGGACACCCACCUACUUCUCCGCGCAAUCCUACCUCCGUUACCAAGGCGAAAAGUUCAUCAAACGCUUCGACGCAAACUGCUACAUCGCCAUCACGCGGAAGCUCGACACGCAUGACGUCUCCCGCAACCGCGUCCCGCGCACCGCCUCCCCCGAAGCCGACCUCGCCGCCGCCCUCGCCCUCAUCACGCAGCCCACCCUCGUCCUCGGCAUCCAAUCCGACGGCCUCUUCACCUUCGCAGAGCAGCAGGAGCUCGCGGCGCACAUCCCCAACGCGACGCUGAAGAGCAUCGAUAGCUCGGAGGGGCAUGAUGCGUUUUUGCUGGAGUUUGAGCAGGUGAAUGCGCAUUUGUUAGGGUUUUUGGGGAGGGAGUUGCCGGAUAUUAUGGGGAGGAGCCCGGUGGGGUCGCCGGUGUUGGAGGCGCAGGGGGAGAUUGGGGUGACGAAGAGUUCGACGUUUGGGGAGGCGGAGGUGGAUGAUAUUACGGCGUGGUGAUUGGGAUCAUGGCAUGCUGAGCGAGUGAUACACAUAUGGUCAAUGCCUUUUACUUGGCAUACUAUUAUGAGUUCCGCUAGGUGGGAUAGAAUAGCAUACUUAAGAUAUAGUCGCUAUAGAAACGUGCCGAUUCUUUGAUUUCACAUGAAGCGCAGGCAGCUUGUAAGCGCAAAAGUAUUAGACCGCAGCAAUUCUUUGGAUUUCAAAUCCUGUCAUAGUGCUCGAGACAACGAUAUUGUUCAGGGCGACAUCGGGGCAGA